AUGGCGGGCUUCGGGCACUUGGGCUCCCUGGUGGACGAUAUCAACAAGAGAGAUGGCGAACGCCUGAAGCUUGAGUCCCAGCUGCGCCAGCAACGCAUGAGGGCCGAUGCCGAGGAGGCGAAGGUUUCACAACUCAAGGGUGAGCUAGAGGUGGCCUCGGCCGACCGGGUGUCCUUGCAGCAGGAGAUCGGGCUGCUUUCGAGGAGGAACGAGGACCUGAUUGCCGAAAAAGCCAAGCUGAGCGAACAAUCGUCCGACUUUCAGCGGUCGAUGUUCAACAACGAGGCCAAGCUGAAAGAGAACGAGCGAGACCUGAAGGAGGCGCAGCGAGGUUUCGUCGACAGCCUGGAGAAAAGCAACGCCUCCUACUCCCGUCACCGAGCUGUGAUGAACAACCUCGUCGGCCGAAACGGCGUGGGUUGCGCCGAGAUCCCUUCGCCAGAAGAGCUGGAAGCCUUCAGAGGCCUCGCUGCCCGAGCGGCCGAGCUCCAGGCUCGCCUUCACGCCGUGGAGGCCGAGUCCCAGGCCCUGAAGCAAGAAGCCGCCGCGAGCUCACGGAAGCAGAAGGUCCUCCAGCGGGAGAUAGAUUCCUUCAAGAUCGCUCGCCUGGACGACACCUGCAACAGGCAAAUGGAGUACAUGAGCCAGCUCGAGGAGUAUGCCAACAGCGUGGAGGCCAUCAACGAGGACCUCAGGAAGGAGGUAUUAGGAACGCGUGCUGCGGCGCACUGA